AUUUUGGAUCAUCAUUGCAGACAAAAAACACAAAGAAGAAAAGCGCGUUUCUAGUGGAAAAUUUAGCACGGAAAAGCCAUUUUCUGCCUUGAGAGCAAAUUCAUUUACGCUUUUGUGAUUAUCCCUGGUGAAUGCUCGACUCGAAGUGAUCCCAGAAGGCGUUUUAUUGAGUGCAUUUGGAUGAUUUUUGACGUGGAACUUUGACUCUCACUUUUUUUCAUCGCGUCGGAGCGCCCCCACGGGAGACAGCGGAGCCCCACGACUAGAAGAGCAUAGACAGAGAGGAAGAUGAGUGAAUUGACGCCGGAAGAGAUUCGCCAGCGUCGAUUGAGACGCCUGGGAGUGGACCCCAACAGGGAGAGAGCGUUGCAGGAGGCUGGCGCCAGGGGGCCGGCCGUGUCCUCGUCCACUGAGGGCGCGGGCGGGAAGACUUCCGGGGAGUCAGAUGAGCGCCAGUCAAGUAUUGAGCUGGUGGAGCACCGACAGAAGCAGCAGAAGAUCGACACGGAGCUCAGCAAUGAGGUGCUGACCAGCUCAUCCGUGGAUCAGCACAGAGUCAAUAAUAACUACAGGGGCAGCAUUGAGAUGACUGAAGAUGAUGUGAAGAGCGCCUCGGCCAGCAGCACCACGGACAACCAGGCGGUGCAGGAGCAGCAGAUGGAGACGGAUGAGUGUGUGGAAGCGGACAAACUGGGCGACUGUGAUUCCGGAAUAGAGAAUAUGGAGACGGAGGAUUGCUCUGAGAAGGCGAUGCCCAGCGCUGACAUUCUGCUGGACAAUCGCGGAAAUAUGAAGCUGGAUAUGGAGAUUUACGUGUCGAAGGUGCUGAACGCCACAUGGGCGGAGCACUGCAAGGGGCUGAUUAUUGCCAAGGAGGUGGCCACUGAAUAUAUGGACAGUUUCGAGGAGGUGGCAGAUAUUGAGGAUCUCACGUCCAGGGUGCUGUUGAAUGUGAUUCAAUACUACAUGGAGGGCUUCUUGAAGCAGAAUUCCGCCAAGUUUGACUUCUCGGUGCCGUCCUCGAGUAGUCCUUCGGAGGAGACUCCCGUUGAGCCCUUUAAGCGCCGCGUGGCCGCUCUGGAUUAUCUCAUCAGAUGCUACGACAUCAUCAGGGGCGAGUGCUACACCCUCACAUCCUCCAAGCGUGUCAAUUUGGCUGAGAUGCUACAGUUAAUGGAGAUGGUGAAGGUGCAAAUCCUCCAGCACUCAGUCAUGGUGCUCAACGGAACGAUCAGGGGCAGUAAGGAUCCCGUGGAGUCGACAGAGAAGCCCGAGAAGUCUGCAUUGCUGCAGCUGAUGUACGAAAAAACAGUGGAGAGUGACUUUCUGCAGUCCUUCGUGGCACUGACGUACAAGAACAUGGAGGUGUUCAAGGAGAUCUUCGAGCCUCUGCUGAGGCACUUGUUCAGAGACAUGCAGAAGGCCAUCGUGUCGAAGGAUCUCAACGUGGAGAUCCUGGCGAAGCUCGAUGAACUCACAGCCAUCACGAUUGAGGGCAAUGUCCGACCAAUUUGCAAUCUCAUUGCGAAGCAGUACAACUUCUUCCCCAUCUCGUGCAGCAAAGCUCCGGGCAGGGAGAUUGCCAAAGUGAGCUUCCUGGGACCCUUCCUGUCGCCCACGAUCUUCGUGGAAGAGAAUCCAAAGCUCGUGGAAGCAAUAUUCACCAGCGACAACGUCCUUAUUGACGCUUCGCUGCAGUCGAGCCUGCAAGCUGGUCUUGGCUGCAUUCGCAACUAUCUGCACUCGAUCUUCCAUGCACUGCUGAAGAAUGUGGAAUCCAGGAACUCAGUGUUGAUGUUUAUGUCCACUAUUCUGAAAGCGAAUGAGAAACGCGCUCAGAUUCACACGGAUGAGCGAGUGCUGGCCAGAGAUGGUUUCAUGCUCAACUUCCUGGUGACGCUGCAGAAGUUGGCAGCCAAAAUCAAGCUGGAUCGUGUAGAUAUGAUGUAUCCCUUUCACUGGGACUCGCUGAUCCACAUUGUGAAGGACACGAAGCUGCGGUACGAGUCGGAGGAGUACAAUGAGUGGAUGCAGGAGUACAGGAGCAGUCAUGUGUGGGAACCGACAAACUUCCAGACGCAGUGCUGGUUUCUCACGCUUCAUGCGCACCAUAUCGCUGUGAUUCCGGCGAUUCAGCGCUACAAUAAGAGAUUGAGGGUGAUCAAGGAGCUGCAGCGUCUCGUGUCAGAGUUGAACAACACAAAGAGUCAGUGGGAAUUCACGAGGUUGGCGGCGAGGAAUGAGGACUUGAGGCAGCGCUGGUCCAUGCAGCUGAUGAAGUUGAACAGGUCAAAGGCGUGCUGCGAUAUUGGACUGUUGGAUGAGAAUCUCCUGAGGCAGUGCAUGCGCUUCUACAGCACUGUGUGUGAGUUUAUUCUGUAUCACAUGGAGGGCAGGAAGAUUGCUGGGCCCUUCAUCACGAGCAUCUCACCGCCUCAACUCACGCCCACGCCCGAGUUCUCGGCACUGCCUGAGUGGUAUGUGGAGGACAUCGCGGACUUCCUGCUCUUCUGUAUGCAAUACGCCACAGAUGUGAUUGUGGAGGACAUGGAUCACUCCAUCAUCACGUGGCUGCUGACCAGCGUGUGUGCGCCGCACUGCAUUAAGAAUCCCUAUGUAACUGCCAAACUGGUGGAGGUACUCUUCGUCACCACACCCACUAUUCAGACCACAUCGCAGAGUCUCCACAACAACAUCAUGUUCCAUGACAUCUCGCUGUCGGUGCUGCCGUCCGCCCUCAUGCGCUUCUAUACGGACAUCGAGACCACGGGCCAGAGCACGGAGUUCUACGACAAGUUCACCAUUCGCUACCACAUCAGCCACCUGUUCAAGUGCAUGUGGCAAAGUCCUGUGCAUCGCCUGGCGAUGAUCAAUGAGUCAAAGACUGGAAAGCAAUUUGUCAAGUUCAUCAAUAUGCUCAUGAAUGACACGACCUUCCUGCUCGACGAGUGCCUGGAGUACCUCAAGCGCAUCCACGAGACCCAAGUGCUGGUGAUGGACGAGGCGGAGUGGGCGAAGUUGUCUGAUGAGGCGCAGCAGACGCGCCAGCGUCAACUCACGCAGGAUGAGCGGCAGUGCAAAUCCUAUCUCACGCUGGCCAGGGAGACUGUGGACAUGUUUCACUAUCUCACGGUGGACAUUAAGGAGCCGUUCUUGCGUCCGGAACUCGUGGACAGACUCAGUUCGAUGCUCAACUUCAAUCUGCAGCAAUUGUGUGGGCCAAAGUGCAACAACCUAAAGGUCAGGACGCCGGUGAAGUAUGGCUGGGAGCCGAGGAGACUUCUGGGCCAGAUCAUCGACAUCUACUUGCAUCUCAGCUGCGAUGAAUUCGCAGCGGCUCUGGCGGCUGAUGAGAGAUCCUUUGAGAAGCAUCUCUUCGAUGAUGCCGCUGAUCGCAUUGAACGCCUCCAGAUCCGAUCGACAGUGGAAGUGGAGAAGUUCAGAGCUCUCCUUGCCAAAGCUCAUGAUAUUUAUGUGACAAAUCAACAGCGAGAAGACGAAUUCGCUGAUGCUCCGGAUGAGUUUAAGGAUCCACUGAUGGACACGAUGAUGAGUGAUCCGGUGAUUCUGCCUUCGGGCGCCAUCAUGGAUCGUCCCAUCAUCAUUCGGCAUCUGCUGAACAGCAACACAGAUCCCUUCAAUCGACAGCUCCUGACCGAAGACAUGCUGCAGCCUGCCACUGAACUGAAGGAGAAGAUCCAGGCUUGGAAGCGUGAGAAGAGGACUUCCGGCGGUGAAAGCUCCAAGCGAUAAAUUGAGUCUCACAUCGCGCGCGUUAUAGCAGUAAAGGCAGAAGUUGGGUUGUAAUUACAGCGGUUAAUAUUAAACUGAAAUGAAAUGUGAAAGGAAUUUGCGAAAUUCACGUUGAGAAAAUACAUAGAGUCGUGAGAGAAGAUGAAGUAUAGCAAGUUUUCUUUUGUACAAAGAAAUUCUUUAUUGAACCAGCCACAAGUUUUUCUUUACAUAAUCAAAUAUAUGUAUCAAUAAAAUUACUUUCUAAGUUA